AUGGAAAAAGAAAUUAAAUACAUGAAUAAUAUAGAGAAAAAUAAGACGGCUAAGAAUGAAAAUGGGGUCUUUGUUCACAACAGAAUCAUUAUUACUACAAUUAGUGUCGUCGUGAUUGGAAUUGGUGCUGCCUUCGCCCUCAAGAAAGCUAACUUAAAUGAACAAGGCAAAAUACGGUUAGGCCCUCCGGUGGAGUGUACACUUGUAUUUUUCAACUCACUAUUUGUAGCUAUUGUAGCUAAUAUUAUCAUGGCAGCAUCAACGCAAUCGGUGGGUUCACCUCCACUCUCGAGUGACAACUUUGUUUACUUAUUUGCUUUUUGCUGCUCAGUAAUUUCGGAUGACGUCCCAUUCGAUGAGGCUAAAUACAUAGUGGAUAAAGCCAUGGAGGAAGGUAUGCUGGUCAUUUUGGACAGUCAUCAACCCUGA